UAAGAAGAAAAAAAAUAAAAACUAUUUUUUAGAUUAUUUGAAAAAUACUCCAUCACAAAUUUACCACUACUCUUGAAUUUCCAUUCUCUCUUUCAGCUUCAUCAAUCUCACUAUUUCUUUCAAUUCAAAUGCACUUUCUACUACCAACUAGCACUUAUCAUUUCCUUUUCUUCACCCCUUCAUCAAUGGCUUUCUUUUUCACUCCAAUAAUUUCAACUUGGAUUCUAGUUACAGCAGUAGUAGUAAUCUUCUGUUCAACCUGACACACCUUCAUCAUCAUCAUUACUCCAUUUUCUUCACGUGCUUUUCUGAGUUCUGACACUUUCUUUCUUCCCUACCAUCUGGGUAAUUUUCACUCAUCACUUCCUUUCUCUUUAUCUUCUUUGGCUUUAUUUGGUUUCUCAAGAACAACAACAACAAAGAAUUGAACAAAACCUCCAAAACUUGUUCACUUUUUCUGUCUUUCUUUUGUUCUUCACUCUCUUGUCUCUUACCUAUCUAAAAAAUAUGCUUUUUCAAUGGCUAUGCAAAAAAAACAUAAUACUAUAAUAACAAAAAAACCUUAACUUUUGCUACAGCAUCAUUGUUAAGACACUGUUCCUACGACAACUCAAGUCUUUUGUAACUUUUGUUGUUUGGUUUUUGGUUUUUUGGUUCCCUGAUUCUGUUACAUGCAAUGGAAUCUUGGAGUUAUAUUUCUGAAGAAAAGGGUUAUGUCUCUAAUGAGAAUCAAUGUUCUGAAGAAAUGGGUUUUUGUGAAAUCUUAGGGAAACAAUUUUCUGAUGAUUUCAAUUUCAUUGGAAGUGUUUCAAGUAGGAAACUUGAUGAUAAAUUUGGUGACCCAAAUGAAUUAUCUGUAAAAGGGGAAACCAAUUUCAAGUUUUCAAAUUCAAACUCUAUGGUGGAAUCUAAUGGUUGGGAUUCUCUCAUUGAUUUGAAGCUAGGACAUUUUGGUAAUCAUGGAGAUGCUAUUAGUAUUGGUGCUGCAUUUUCCAAAGGAGUAGGAUCAACUAUUUUGUCUUCUUGUGAAUCAUCAAUACCUCCUAAGAGAGUGAGAGUGCAUUCAAUGACUGCAUAUUGUCAAGUUUAUGGAUGUAACAAGGAUCUUAGUUCUUGUAAAGAUUAUCAUAAGAGGCACAAAGUUUGUGAGGUUCAUUCCAAGACAGCUAUAGUCAUAGUGAAUGGAAUUGAGCAAAGGUUUUGUCAACAAUGUAGUAGGUUUCAUUUGCUGUCUGAAUUUGAUGAUGGUAAGCGCAGUUGCCGUAAACGACUUGCAGGCCAUAAUGAGCGUAGAAGGAAACCACAAGUAGGCGUUCACUCUGCAAAUUCCAGGAGAUUGUUUCAGCCAUGUGGUGAUAUCAUAUUUCAAGCAACCAAGGCACCACCAGCAUCUUUUAUCUGUCCGGAAGUGUUGCCAAAUGGUUUCUGGAGACCUACGAAAACAGAACAUGAAACCGGCUUUAUGCAUCUUUCUUCUGUGCCUAUUACCAAUGGACAUCCUCAACAAAGAUCUUCAUUUGCUUCGUACAAUGGAAAACAAUUUCCCUUUCUUCAUGAAAAUGUUGCCACAUCCACUACAGGCAGCAUGUUUAGUGAAAACAAUAAUAGCCAUUAUGUGCAUUCCGUUGGAGACACCUAUUUAGGAAGUGGAGAAUUCAAGGUUUUUCAUACAUCAUCAACCGUUCGAGGAUUAUCUGGAGCCUCAGACACUUGUGCUCUCUCUCUUCUGUCAUCUCAAUCCAAGAACACUUCAAGCCAAUCAUCGGGAAUUCCCUUUGAUCAGCCUUUGGUUAUUCCAAGCAGCCAUGAACAUCUCUACAGCAUAAGAUCACAGACAACUUCCUCAAGCCAAUUUUAUGAUAGAUUUCCAUCGGAAUUAAAUCCUCCAGAUGGAAAUCAUCUCAGUCCUAUACUGAUAUCAGACAAUAAUGAUAUUGUGAACUUUGAAAUUGUAGAUGAGAUCUUCCAAGAUUCUGAUUUUGUGAAUGCUAAAGACUGUCUUUCAUGUGAAGAUGAUGCAACCAUUGACUUACUACAGCUGUCGACACAGCUUCAACGAGUUGAGCAUCGCAGACAAUCUUUUCAGGUGAAGAAUGAGAGUGAUUCUUCUUGCACUCUCCGGAUUACUUAAGGUGAUUUGGAAUAGGAAACAAGUUGUGUAUUAUACGUCAGACACCUAUGUAAACCGGUUAUCAUAGACAACUUAGGCGACAAGGAAGUAGAAGCUUGAAAUGGUGCCAUUCUCUUCUUCUGCUAACUACUUUAAAUAGUUCUCUUGCACGCUGAUUCGGAUUAAGAACUUGUAAGUAGAAUAGCUGACUUGCUAAACAAGUCAGGCUAUAUCAAUAAUAUUUAUUGUUUUGGAAUAUGGGAUGCAAUUGUCCCUCAGUUUUUAGUAUAUAACCAUGAUGUAAUAAUAAUCAUCAAAAGCCUUAUAUGGAUCAAAGGAUGCUAUUUAGGGCAUA